UGAUGAGCAUUGAUGGUGCGGUUAAGUUUGUGCUAUAUAUAUGUUGGUUUCUGUGGUUGCGUAAGAAUAAAAAGUGACGGCUUUUGAAGUUUGAUUCUGAAGAGGGAAGAGGUUGUGCUGCUUCUCUCUUCCUCUCUCCUCUUUAGCUUGUUUCUCUCUCUGGGGUUUUGGGGGUUCUGUGGAAACGUUGUGAAACAUGCAGCUGACACUUGAAUUCGGAGGGGGAUUGGAACUUCUUUGUGAUUCCAAGAAGAUUCAUAAUGUCAAUAUUGAGCAACACAAUGGAGAAGACAAGUUAAUCAUGAAAGAUUUGCUUGCUUGGGUACGAACCAACUUGAUUAAGGAGAGGCCUGAAAUGUUCAUGAAAGGAAAUACUGUGAGACCUGGAGUUCUUGUCCUUGUGAAUGAUUGUGAUUGGGAGCUAAAUGGUCAGCUCAACACAUCACUGGAAGACAAAGAUGUGGUGGUUUUUAUAUCAACCCUGCAGGGUGGUUAGGGCAUAGUAGUGUUACCAUUGCUUUUAUGAAGUCAUAGUGAACUAUGAUAAUUAAACAAUGUGGCUAUCAAAUGAAUGAAUCUAGUUAAUAGCCUAGUAUGCAAGGUGCUCUUCACAGUCUUUAAUUCUACCGAAAUCAAAUUUGGUUAUUAAAAUUUACGGAUUUUGGCAAGGAUGUGAUACUUGUCUAACAAAGUAACAUUUACUUGUUUGAUCCAACGGAACUUGGAUGAUGAUGUAUGUAUCUUUGGUUAUGGCGUUGUAUACCACUGUAAGGUCUGAUCCACGAUUUGCUUCACUAA